GUUUGAGGAACAACUUUUAGCCAGUGGAGUGGAUUAAACCCGUUUCGGGAGGCCAAAAGCGUAAAUACAUAUAGUCACUUCCCGUACUGUUACUUGGGGAUGGGUACUCGGUGCUAUCACGCUGUUCAGGAUGGAGGUGACCGCGUGGCAACGAAAUGAUGAGUUGGUUUCCAUGCUGACCAGCCUCAGUGACCAUAUCCAACACGGCCGUAGCAAUGACGCCAUUGCAGUCGUGAUGACAAUCCGGAAAGAUGGGGGAAAAUUUCACGAAUCUGUGGAGACAAUGACCAAAUGCGUGAAUCAAUUGUUCGAACAGAAAAAAAGAGAGAUGGAAUCUAAGCAAGAGAAGAGGAACGACAUUGCGAAAAAGAUACCAUCUUUGAAAUCAGGAAUCGGCAAGUGCGAGAAGAAUAUCACCCAACACGAGAAUGAGGAAGAGGCGUCCAGACGUCGAGAGAGUCAGGCAGACGACACGUUUCAGCGCGCAGAACGUGAUUUUCGUGAAGUGAAAACGCCGGAAUAUCAAUGGUGGUACGUUUUUGCAGACCAUAUAUGGCAGGAUGCAUGGCGCAGCUACGACAAUCAGAAGUCUAGAGCGAGGAAAGAAAUGUCAGAUGCACAAAGUGAUAAGGAAAGAGCUCAACGGUCAUUACUUGAAGCAAGGAAUAAAAAGUUAACUGAACAGUCGAAACUAGACACACUCACAGAUUUGGCUAAAGAAUGCGAAAUUCUUUAUUCUGAGUUGCACACUGAGGUUACAUUUUUGAAAGACGCAUCAUCUUUUACGUUCAAAUUGAAUGGGGUGUUACAAGAGGUGCUUUUAGCAACCGAUGCAGCCCUUGUACGAACUGACCGAUUGAAGAUGUUGUUGGAAAACUUCAUGGUGAAGUCCGGUGUGUUGGAAUGCAGAGGUACUCGGACGCUACUCCAGACGGUGCGAGAAAGGUGGAUAGAGGUCAGGGACCUGGUUGUGAAUGUCCCUAACGACAGAAACGCCUUGAUAUGGCAAGAGGCACAAAGAAAAACGGCUCUUUCCCUCGGGAGAAAGGAGUUGAAGGAAUUCAACCACUUGUUGUCAUCGCUGAAGACGAAGCUAAGAGAAGGACAGGCAAGUGACGCCAUCGAAACUUUGACGGGGAUGCAAGUCAAAGGGGUGCAUUUUGAUAUGCUCGCUCAAGCACAGAAAGAGCACUUGGAGCAGCGCGAGAAAUGGAUUAAAGAAGAAAUGAAAAGAACGGAAAAAAUACUAUCUAUUGAAGACCAGCUGGACAGUAUCGGGUAUGGCAGCAACGUGCCGAAUGGCAUCGUCCGUGCCUUCAAAUCUCAUUCAUUGCUGCAAGAUGUGAGUGCGAUUGAGGCCGGAUGGGAGGCACUCAGCUACGGGUGAUUUUGCCUACUUUUGGCCACUGUUGUUUGAGAUCAAAUACGACAAGAAUAUGUAUCCGGACGGUCUGUGGAGGGUGGACGCAAGUUCGAUCAUGCUUGAUUCGCACUUGAACCACUGCCCAGUCUAUAUACUCCUUUAGAACGAUUCUGUAAAUCUGAAGUAUGCAAGUUACGCAACCCCUACAUGUACGUAAUGUGACCCCCAACGACAUCGUCCGCCCGACCGCGGACGAUUUAUAUUGAAUUUUGAUUGGUGCUUCGCUUUUUGUGUAUUGGUGCUUCGCUUUUUUGUGUAUUGGUGCAUCGCAAAUGUUUGGGGUGGCGAUAAUACAGUUUUCAU